AUGGAGCGCUGCAGUUACAGACCCCCAGCAUCUGCCCGAGGGCGUCUCGCUGCGCCCGGAGGGAUUGAGACUGCUGGGGAGCUUCAUCGGCUCGACAGAUGGUGCAGCGGCCUUCCUGCGGUCCCAGCUGGAGACAAUGUCAUCCUCGCAACCCCACCUAGCAGCAAUGGAUCCUCAGGUGGCGGCGCUGCUAUUAACGCGAUGCAUCUCCAGGCGCAUCUCCUACUUGGCACGCACCACCCCGCUAUACCUGCUACCCGAGGCGGAAUGGUCAAGCUGGGGACGGGCGCUGCUGUACACACUUCUCGACGCUUGCGGGGACAUACGACAGCAGAGUCAGGCACGUCCCCACGUGCAUUACGCGCUGCUCGACGUGGAGAGGCGUCGCAGCAACACGAGCAGCAGCAGCACGAGGGGCGGGCGGGACGGGAGGGAACAGUAGCACUUGGGGAGUUGGCGGCUGAUGCAGCUGAGGCUGGGGCAGCGGAAACUGGUUUGUCGGCGGCUGCUGUUGCUGCUGAGCCCGGGGCAGCGGCGCUGCUGGAGGAGACCGACGUGGCCGCUGCGGCUGAGGUGACGGGGACGGCGCGGGAGGGGGCACAAACGGCUGGGACGGCGGGGGGAGCGUCUGCUGCCGAGACUGCUGCCGCCUCUGACGGCGGCUUAAUUUCGCCCGCUGAGGUACGCCCGACUGCGCCGCCGCUACAUGUGGGCGGGGGUCGGGCCGCGGAGGAGAGUCAGGUGGUACCGGAGCCGGCUGCAUCCCCGUCACCGCUCGGGACGGCUGAGGUUGCUGCGGUCGUGGCGGAGGCAGCGAGGCGACAGCAAUUACCCCCGAACGAAGAGACGGCGCUGCCUGCCGCUGAGUCCGCCGGAACACCUGUUGCUGCCGUGGCCGCAAACAGGCAGGGGCACGGCCGGGCGGGGAGCGGUAAACCGGGUCCCGGGACUGGCGCCGCUGCUUGCGCCGCUCGCGGGAAGAAGCUCCGCGCCCAGCCAGCACCGAGGCGGCCCGGAGCAGGGCUGGGACCUGGCGUCCCAGGACCCCUCCUGGGCUGGUUGCUGCAAGGGCAGUCGCCACAAGUGCCAGCGCAUCCGUCGCCAUCUCACGUCGGAGCGUCUGUGGCGAAUUCCGCCGCGCAGACAACGACGCAGGCUGCGCCAACGCAGGCGCCGGGAAUUCAGGUCGGCAGUAACAAUGGGGAGCCGGCGGUGACAGGUACAACAGCAGCAGCAGCAGGCACGAACGUAGCGGCGGCGGCUGUAGGGACCAGGCGGUCGGCACGGUUGGGAGCGAUAACCUGGGGACCACCACGGGAUGGCCGUACGCCGUGGAUGCCGGCGGGCCGCGGUGGCAACGGAGUGGCGGAAACGGCGGGCGCGGCUGGGCGGGGACAACGAGGGGUUUUGCGCGGGGGGAUGAGAGGCGGACGGGGAGGGCGCAACCAACCACCCAGAUCGGAAAUCCCCGCGAGGACUGGUCCCUGGCGGGAGCGUCACGCCAGGCCCGAAAGAGUGAUCCUGCAGACAAAUGAGGGACAAGAAGCUUCUGACAACCCCGGGGCCGACCCAGAGUUUAUGGCGGGGGAGGAGGAGACCUCUGAAGAAAUCUCGUUGGAAGACGAGGAGGCACCCAGGAGGAGGAACAACCCUGAACCUCAAACCGGGGCGGCGGGGGGGGGGUAUUCCUAG